AGGGGAAUGGGAAAAGCGGGAGUUGUCCACCACCACCACCUCCUAUAUGUGCUUCUUCGCCGCGCGCGCCCACGUCAGCAUCACCAUCUCAUCCACCCCCAGCCUACGCGCCUGUUCUUGGUCUCCUCUCCUCCACCUUCGCUGUCCCCUGCAUCUCGACUGGCCGCGCAAUAGACCAUCCGCUCCCACGCGACUGCCCUCCCCAACGCCAUAACCGUCAGCCCUCUUCACACGCCGGCUCCGCGGCGGCCACCAUUUUGACGCUGCUAUGCAUUUCUAAGCCACACGCGCCCCCCUCCCCGCUCGCUCGCUCUCCCUCUGCUCUACUACAGAGACCCCAGGGAUGCCUCACGAGGAAACAUCGGCGGCAGUCGCGAGUAUACUGGCCAAUCUCGCUAAGCAUCCCGCCAUACAAGAGCCCGGCUCGUUCCCACCCUCCGCCCUCGCCAAUGGCAUCCCCACUACCCAGGUCCUCCUCCCCGGCGAGGAGACCGUGGAGAAGAAGACGUUGGAGCGCGAGCUGACCGCGCUCGCCGCUCGCAUCCACUUGCUCGAGGCCAAAGCGGCUGGCAAUGCCUCCCUUCCCGUCACCCCCAACGAGCCUCAUAUCUCCAAUUUUCCCGACACCGAACGACCUAUAUCUCCCCGACAACUGGCAAAUCUCGAUCCCAGCCGCCAGCGCUCCUCUUCAUGGGUCACGAGCCUCCUUGCCAAGUCCGACACAGAAGCCCAAUACCCCCGUCAGCUUACCGAAGAACAAUUCUCGUUCCUGCGCGAACAUAUCGACCACCAAGCGAACAAGAUCCAGGAGCAAAAGGCGUUCAUCGACCAUAUCCAAGCCGAACUCUCCGAUCAACAAAAUCGCACACGCCACGCACUCAACACUCUCGGCAAUUCCGCAUCCAUCGACCAGCUGAAGCGCGAGAUUGAGAAGAAUGCGCAAAUCAACGCGACGUACCAAAAGGUCAUCAAAGAGAUUGGCACCAUUGUCACGGCCGUGGCGAAUGGCGAUCUUAGCAAGAAGGUGUUGAUUCAGGUGGUCGAGAAGGAUCCCGAGAUUGCCAAGUUCAAACACACCAUCAAUCGCAUGGUGGAUCAGCUACAGGAGUUUGCGAGCCAGGUCACGAAUCUUGCAAAGCAGGUCGGCACCGAUGGGCUUCUGGGAGGUCAAGCUACGGUGCCUGGUGUUGAUGGAAUCUGGGCCGAGCUCACGAACAACGUCAACGUCAUGGCACAGAAUCUGACUGAUCAAGUCAGAGAGAUUGCCGUCGUCACUACCGCAGUCGCACAAGGUGACUUGAGUCGAAAGAUUGAGCGACCGGCUCGCGGAGAAAUUUUGAAGCUCCAGCAGACAAUCAACACCAUGGUGGACCAAUUGCGGACAUUUGCAACAGAAGUCACUCGAGUGUCUCGCGAUGUAGGCAUCGAGGGUGUGCUCGGCGGCCAGGCGCAGAUCGAAGGCGUGCAGGGCAUGUGGAAUGAUCUGACCGUGAACGUGAACGCCAUGGCCAACAAUCUUACGGCGCAAGUGCGGGAUAUCGCCGAAGUCACCACCGCAGUGGCCAAGGGCGAUCUUACGCAGAAAGUAAAGGCGCAAUGCAAAGGAGAGAUUCUGGAAUUGAAGAGCACAAUCAACUCCAUGGUGGAUCAACUUCGGCAGUUCGCCCAUGAAGUCACCAAAAUCGCCAAAGAGGUGGGGACGGAGGGACGUCUCGGUGGCCAGGCGACGGUGCAUGGUGUCGAGGGCACGUGGAAGGAUCUCACGGAGAAUGUGAAUGGCAUGGCGAACAACCUCACCACUCAGGUGCGAGAAAUCGCCGAAGUCACCACCGCUGUCGCAAAGGGCGAUUUGAGCAGGAAGGUCGAGGCGGAAGUGCAGGGCGAGAUACUGGCCUUGAAGAUCACAAUCAAUACCAUGGUGGACCGGCUGAGCACAUUCGCAUUCGAAGUCAGCCGAGUGGCGCGAGAAGUUGGCACAGAAGGCACUCUGGGCGGACAGGCAGAGGUCCGGAACGUGGAAGGCAAAUGGAAAGACUUGACGGACAACGUCAACGUCAUGGCCGGCAACUUGACCGCACAGGUGCGGAGCAUCUCCGCCGUGACACAGGCCAUUGCGCGAGGAGACAUGACUCAGCGCAUCGAGGUUGCGGCACAGGGAGAAAUCCAAACGCUUCGAGACACCAUCAACGACAUGGUCACGCGACUCGACGCUUGGUCCUUGGCGGUGAAGAAGGUCGCGCGCGACGUCGGUGUGGACGGCAAGAUGGGCGGUCAAGCGCAAGUCGCCGGCAUCACCGGACGCUGGAAGGAAAUCACCACCGAUGUAAACAUCAUGGCGCAGAACCUGACGUCGCAGGUGCGCGCGUUCGGCGACAUCUCCAGCGCGGCCAUGAGCGGCGACUUCUCGAAGAUGAUUACCGUCGAAGCCUCGGGCGAAAUCAACGAACUCAAGGUCAAGAUCAAUAAGAUGAUUUUUAGUCUGCGAGAGAGUAUCCAGCGCAACAACCAGGCGCGUGAGGCGGCCGAGCUGGCCAACAAGACGAAGAGCGAGUUCUUGGCGAACAUGUCGCACGAGAUCCGCACGCCCAUGAACGGCAUCAUCGGCAUGACGCAGCUCACACUCGACACCGAGCUGGAGCAGAACCAGCGGGACAUGCUCAACAUCGUCUUCUCGCUCGCCAAUAGCUUAUUGACCAUCAUCGACGAUAUCCUCGACAUCUCGAAGAUUGAGGCGAAUCGCAUGAUCCUGGAGGAGGAGCCCUUCUCCUUGCGCAGUCUCGUCUUCAACAGCUUGAAGUCGCUGGCCGUCCGGGCGAACGAGAAAGACAUUAGUCUGGUCUAUGACAUCGAUAGUUCCGUGCCAGACUACAUUGUCGGCGACUCCUUCCGCUUGCGACAAAUCAUCCUCAACCUCGCGGGCAAUGCCAUCAAAUUCACCGAGCACGGAGAAGUGAGGGUGAAGAUCUUCGCCGAGUCUGGCAUCGUCUGCAGGGCGGGCGAGUACGUGAUCAAGUUCGCCGUCUCCGACACAGGCAUUGGCAUUCACUCCAACAAGCUCGACCUCAUCUUCGACACCUUCCAGCAGGCUGAUGGCUCGACGACGAGGAAAUUCGGAGGCACUGGUCUUGGGCUGUCAAUCUCCCGACGUCUGGUCACGCUCAUGCGCGGCAAGAUGUGGGUCGAGUCGGUGUAUGGCGAAGGCAGCACAUUCUUCUUCACCUGCAUUGUGCGCGUUGGAAACUCGGAUGUGGCCAAGAUUAUGCCUCAGCUGGAGCAGUACCGCAAGCACAAUGUCCUCUUCUUCGACAACGGCUACACCGGAUGCGCGGAUGCGAUUGCGGAGAACAUUCGGCAGCUCGACCUCGUGCCGUGCGUGGUACGGCAAAACUCGCGCAUCAACCCGUCGGAGAUCAAAUCUGCGGAUGUCUAUGAUUGCGUGAUUGUCGACCACAGCGACGUGGCGCAGAAGCUGCGUAGCAUGGAACGCUUCAAGUAUAUCCCUAUUGUCCUCGUCGCGCCCAAGAUCUCCGUGAGCUUCAAGACGGCGUUGGAGAAUGGCAUCUCGAGCUACAUGACGACACCAUGCGAACCUAUCGAUCUUGGCAACGCCCUCAUCCCUGCGCUCGAAGGCAGGGCGGCGCCCACAUCGGCCGAUCACUCGCGUACCUUCGAAAUCCUGCUCGCCGAAGACAACGCCGUCAACCAGAAGCUCGCCGUCAAAAUCCUGCACAAGCACAACCACAAAGUCACCGUGGCCAACAACGGGCUGGAGGCGUUCGAAGCCAUCAAACACAAGCGCUUCGACGUCGUGCUCAUGGACGUGCAAAUGCCGGUCAUGGGCGGCUUCGAGGCGACGGCGAAGAUCCGCGAGUGGGAGGCGGCGCACGAACUCACGCGCACGCCCAUCAUCGCCCUCACCGCGCACGCCAUGCUCGGCGACCGCGAGAAGUGCAUCCAGGCGCAGAUGGACGAGUACCUGUCGAAGCCGCUCAAGCCGAACCAGCUCAUUCAGACCAUUCUCAAGUGCGCCACGCUCGGCGGCGCGCUGCUGGAGCGGAAGAACGAUCACCGCAGUGGGCUGUCGCAUGAGCAAGAGAAGACGGUGGAUGGGGCCUCGUUGGCUGUCCCGCUUUCCUCACCUAAGAGGCCUGGUUUCGGCGAGCAUCGUGGGUAUACUGAGAUGGGGCCGGCGGGGAUGUUGAGCCCGGCGAUUGUGACGGCUGAUGAAGGGAAUCCGAUGGAUCGGGCGUCACUGUUACGAGCGAAUAGCGACUGAGUGUGUCAUUGCGGGGGUGGUUGGCAUAGAAAAGACAAUGGCAUGGCAUGGCAUCUACCUGGCGUUUGUUUUCCCCAGCGACGGCGUUGAAAGCGGUCGGCAUGUGGUUUGUCGGUGGCUUCUGCAUCCCCUGCGUCAUGAGAUGUAGUUUACCACACCUGCGGUCAGCAUUUGAAUCUUCACCUGCUUGUGUAUUUCAAAGCACUGGACUAGUGCAUUAUCUUUGAGG